AUGGAAAACUCAUCCACUGUGAACUUCUUUAGCCUCUCUGGACUUCAAGAUUUGGAGGCGUUCAGGGGUGUUUCUGCCAGUUUUACUAUUGUCACCUAUCUCCUCAUCAUUGCUCUGAAUGUGACUCUUAUCAGCACAGUCUGUGUUGAAAAAAGUCUCCAUGAGCCUAUGUACAUUUUUGUUUGUAAUUUAUGUGCAAAUGGGCUGUAUGGGACUGUAGGUUUUUACCCUAAAUUUUUGCUUGACCUCUUUUCUGAAAUUCAUGUGAUUUCCUACUCUGCAUGUUUGACUCAAGGAUACAUAAUCUAUUCGUCUGUUGUAAGUGAGAUCACUAUUUUAAACGUGAUGUCUUUUGACAGGUACAUUGCAAUAUGCAAGCCUUUGCAGUAUCACAUUAUUUUGACCCCUCUGACCGUUUUUAGGUUAUUGUGCUUUGUGUGGGGAUUUUCUCUCCUCACAUCAAUUGUUUCAUUGAUUUUAACACUUAGAAUUCCCUUAUGCGGCUCUCACAUUGGUAAACUAUUCUGUGACAAUCCAUCCAUACUGAAGCUUGGAUGCAUUUCCACAACUCCAAAUCAGGUGUGGAGUUUCACCAUCAUCUUAAUUCAAGUUGCACAGGUCUUUUUGAUAGUUUUUUCGUACAUUCGUAUUGUGAGAAUUUGUAUUGAAUCCAGUGAAGGAAGGACUAAGUUCAUGCAUACAUGUGUACCACAUUUACUGACUCUGAUUAUUUUUAUCACGACUACUCUUUUUGACGUUGCUUAUGGCUGGCAAGCCACUCAAAAUCUCCCUCUCAAUGUGCGGAAUGCUAUGGCCUUGCAAUUCUUAGUUCUUCCACCUCUCCUUAAUCCUCUUGUCUAUGGACUGCAGUUACAGCAAAUUCGAAGAAAAGUACUGAGGAAAUGCUGCAGAAAAGACAGGAGUUGA